CGAAAAUAAAAAUUAUGCAAAUUAAACGAAGAAAUACUAACAGAUAUAGAAUUUAUGAAAUGGCAAGCUACUUUUUUGAUGUUAUUAAGCAAUGUGCAAGGAAAAUUGUAAAUAUGUGCGAAGAAUUCAUUAAUUUCAUUUACAGAUUUUUUAAAAAUUUAUUUGUAUCAAAUAAAUUGUCAUUCAUUGAUCGAGUCAUACGCGCCGUGGUUUUUGUUGAAGUAGAAUCUGAACUGACACGCCACCUUUAUUGUGAAUAUGAACGAAGAAGAAUCAGCGAAUUGAAUUGUGACUAUUUAUUUUUGCAACCACGAGAAACCACCGAAAACACAAAACAUAUCGUACUGUUUAAAUCGCAUGGAACCUCAAUAUAUUCUUUUGUGCAAGGCUUUCGAUUAGACUUUCUAGCCAAUUGCUUCAAUAUCACGUGGUAUGUGAUAGAUUAUAAGAAAGAAUGUUACGAUAUGAACAUCAAGGUGGAAAAUCGUCUUAGCACACAUUGCCUUGAUCAUUUUGUUGCUUGUGUGGAUGCUCUUAUUUCAAGAAUAAAUAUGGAAGGUAACAAACCGAGCUUGGUUGGUUUUAGCCUGGGAUGUGCAAUGCUAUUAGAAUAUGCCAGCAGAACAGGGAAAAGGUUUUUCUUUUCCAAAAUAAUAUUGUUUUCGCCGUUUCUAUCCCUCAGGGAGUACUUACACCGUAACCGUUUGCUUCUUUGGUUUGUAGGAAAACGGAUCAACAAGAAUUUUUCGUUUAAUAACAGAGCCAACAUUACCAAAAUACCCGAAAAUCCUGAACAAAAUGGUGAACCAAGGGAGUUUUCAGAUAAGCGAGAUGAUAUUUUGAUACUACAUGGAAAACAAGACAAUGUAAUUCCUAUCAGACACGCAGAAGAGCUGGCAAGAGUAGGUAGGUGCAGGUUGGUUACCAUUCCGUGGUGCAAACAUGUUGAUGUCGUGAAUGACAGUCGCACCUGGAAAAAAACGAUGGAGUUCCUAAAUAAAAACUGA